UAGAGCGGAAGUCGCUGCAGCAGCAGCGCGCGCGGGGCCCUACAUUUCCCCUCCUCUCCCCCCACCAGCACCACCACCCAGGCAGCAGCUGCUACAGAGCGGAGCCGGGCGGAGAGAGAGAGCGCAGUCCGCGGAGCGAGCAACUUUAACACCCAGCACCGGGAGAGGGCUUCAGUGUGUGAUCAGGCGCCAGCCUUCUACACAACUACAGCUUUUUGGUCGCUUUUCUGGUGGCGACGGGAAACAUAUAUUUAUACAUACACGUUAGGCAGGAAAACACACACACACACACACACACACACACACUGGGGCGGUGUGCGCGCGGUAAACCGUCAACUAGCUGUUAGCAUCUAGCGUGAUCAUUAGCUUAGCCUGCACCGAGCCUCACCUCAUCUUACCACCGCACCGAGCGAGCGAGCCGAGGGGACGGAAUGGAGCUGAUCACCAUCCUCGAAAAAACCGUGUCUCCAGAUCGGAAUGAGCUGGAAGCAGCGCAGAAGUUCUUGGAGCAAGCUGCCAUUGAGAAUUUGCCUACGUUCCUGGUGGAGCUGUCAAAGGUUCUGGCAAACCCUGGCAACACACAGGUAGCUCGUGUUGCUGCAGGCCUGCAGGUGAAGAACUCUCUCACAUCUAAGGACCCAGAUGUGAAAGCACAGUAUCAGCAGAGAUGGCUGGCCAUCGAUGCCAAUGCUCGCCGUGAGAUCAAGAACUAUGUGCUGCAGACUCUGGGCACAGAGACGUACAGGCCGAGCUCCGCCUCUCAGUGUGUGGCUGGUAUCGCGUGUGCGGAGAUCCCGGUCAGUCAGUGGCCUGAGCUCAUUCCUCAACUGGUGGCUAACGUCACUGACCCCAGCAGCACCGAACACAUGAAGGAGUCCACGCUGGAGGCCAUUGGAUACAUCUGUCAGGACAUUGAACCAGAGCAGCUCCAGGAUAGUGCUAAUCAGAUUCUGACGGCCAUCAUCCAAGGCAUGAGGAAAGAGGAGCCCAGCAACAACGUCAAACUGGCAGCCACCAAUGCUCUGCUCAACUCUCUGGAGUUCACUAAAGCCAACUUUGACAAGGAGACGGAAAGACACUUCAUCAUGCAGGUUGUCUGUGAAGCCACACAGUGUCCAGACACCAGGGUGAGAGUAGCAGCAUUACAGAACCUGGUGAAGAUCAUGUCCUUGUAUUAUCAGUACAUGGAGACGUACAUGGGACCUGCGCUGUUUGCAAUCACAAUUGAAGCAAUGAAGAGUGACAUUGAUGAAGUUGCCCUACAAGGGAUUGAGUUCUGGUCAAACGUGUGUGAUGAGGAGAUGGACUUGGCCAUUGAAGCCACUGAGGCGUCAGAGCAGGGCAGGCCACCAGAGCACACCAGCAAAUUCUACGCUAAAGGAGCUCUGCAGUACCUGGUGCCCAUUCUCACACAGACCCUCACUAAGCAGGAUGAGAACGAUGACGAUGACGACUGGAACCCAUGUAAAGCGGCCGGCGUGUGUUUAAUGCUGCUCGCCACAUGCUGUGAGGACGACGUUGUACCUCACGUCCUUCCCUUCAUUAAAGAGCACAUCAAACACCCGGACUGGCGCUACAGAGACGCUUCCGUCAUGGCGUUCGGAUCCAUCCUAGAAGGACCAGAACUUAACCAGCUCAAACCGCUAGUCAUCCAGGCCAUGCCCACUCUGAUUGAGCUGAUGAAGGACCCUAGUGUGGUGGUGAGGGACACCACUGCAUGGACGGUGGGGAGAAUCUGUGAUCUGUUGCCUGAAGCUGCCAUUAAUGAGUUGUACCUGAAUCCUCUGCUGCAGUGCCUCAUCGAGGGCUUAGGGGCCGAACCGCGUGUCGCCUCUAAUGUCUGCUGGGCAUUUUCCAGUUUGGCUGAAGCUGCAUAUGAAGCCACUGAUGCUGCUGAAGAUCAGGAGGAACCUGCCACCUACUGCCUCUCCUCUUCAUUUGAACUCAUCGUACAGAAGCUUCUGGAAACCACAGACAGGCCGGACGGACACCAGAACAACCUGCGUAGUGCUGCGUACGAGGCUCUGAUGGAGAUUGUGAAAAACAGUGCUAAGGACUGUUACCCUGCAGUGCAGAAAACCACGCUGGUCAUCAUGGAGCGCCUGCAGCAGGUUCUGCAGAUGGAGUCUCACAUACAGAGCACAUCAGACCGAAUCCAGUUUAAUGAUCUCCAGUCUCUGCUUUGUGCAACACUGCAGAACGUUCUGCGGAAGGUGCAGCACCAGGACGCUCUGCAGAUUUCAGACGUGGUCAUGGCGUCUCUUCUGCGCAUGUUUCAGAGCACAGCUGGAUCAGGGGGUGUGCAGGAGGAUGCCCUCAUGGCUGUUAGCACUCUGGUUGAAGUUUUGGGCAGUGACUUCCUGAAAUACAUGGAAGCCUUCAAACCAUUCCUGGUUAUUGGACUGAAGAACUAUCAGGAAUAUCAGGUGUGUCUGGCCACGGUGGGUCUGGUGUGUGACCUGUGUCGAGCGCUGAUGGCCAACAUUUUGCCUUACUGUGAUGAAAUCAUGCAGCUGCUGCUGGAGAACCUGGGCAAUGAGAACGUACACCGGUCUGUGAAGCCACAGAUCCUCUCAGUGUUUGGUGACAUUGCUCUGGCCAUCGGUGGGGAGUUUAAGAAAUAUCUGGAGGUUGUUCUCGACACACUUCAGCAGGCAUCUCAAGCACAAGUGGACAAGAACGACUUUGACAUGGUGGAUUAUCUGAAUGAGCUUCGUGAAGGCUGUCUAGAGGCAUACACAGGGAUCAUUCAGGGCCUCAAAGGAGACCAGGAGAAUGUUCAUCCGGAUGUGAUGCUGGUUCAGCCACGUGUGGAAUUUAUCCUAUCCUUUAUCCACCACAUUGCUGAGGAUGAGGAUCACUCUGAUGGCGUGGUGGCCAAUGCUGUCGGACUCAUCGGUGACCUGUGCACAACAUUUGGUAAGGACGUGAUGAAGCUAGUGGAGGUUCGUCCUCAGAUUAACGACCUGCUCACAGAGGGACGACGAUCCAAAACCACCAAAACCAAAACUCUUGCCACGUGGGCCACCAAGGAGCUUCGCAAGCUCAAGAGUCAGGCCUGAUCCAUCAUCGCCGAGGGGAACGUUAACACACCGUGAGAGAAGCGGCCGAGUGGAGUUGUGUUUUUGGCACGCGCGCGUGGGAACAGAAGUGUGUGUGUGUGCGCUGAUCUGAGUGUCUGAGAGUGCGAGAGCGAGUGAGCGAGCGAGUGAGCGUGACGAAUGAGAUCACACCACCUUCUGAAUGAAGAUUCCAGCAGUCGAAAAAGGAAAGCAGGCUGAUCAAUAAAAACAGCAGCCUGUCCCCCUCCUCUCCUCCUUUUCCUGGUUAUAUCCCUCCAACCUGAAUCCGGACAUUCCUCCCUCUCUAUCUCUCUCCGAGCUCCUUUUCUCCUUCAUCUGUGGACUCAGUAUGGACAACAUGAACUGGAUUAGUUUCCUAGCACCUCUGUAAGCUCUUAGUAUAAACCGUGAAUAAUCAACCCCUGGGGGAAGUGGGAGGGGGUGGAGCAAUUUCCCAAAAAAGGACUACUUCACUCAUUUAGUGGAUCUGUGAAGCCCUUCCCACUCUCCCCUCAUUUUGGAUUUUUUUUUUUUUUUUUUACUUCUUUUUCUUUCACUUCUAAGCACUAUGAGUUUCCGACUUGGUGAGGACACAGGGAGGGAAUCGAACAUCGCAGCAAACCUGGCUGCUGGAGACCAAGAUGGCCAACUGAGAGCAUGUGUGAGUGAGCGAAGGGGUUUUGGUGUUUCUGCACCACCCCCUCUCACCCCCGGCCCCUCCCCCUUUCUGUUUCAGCUUAUGAGAAAUAAACGUAGCUCUUAAUGCUGUUUUUCUGCAUAUAAUUAUAAGAGGGAGACGAUUGGCUUUUUUUUUUACAGCACUUCAAAAAAAAAAAAUACAGCUGCUCUUCCUUGAAAUCACUGAAAUGUUCACUUUCUUUAGUUUUUUUACUUUUCAGUACAUUUGCGUUUUCUUGUUUUUUCUUUUUUUCCCCCUUGUCAUCGAUGUGGGCUCCGAGUUCCAGACUUUUCUUUUCAGUCAGCUCAGUUUAGAGACUCGAGGGUUCUCGCUUGUAUUGAGCACUUAUGGGGCGUACACGAAGGGAUCGACGACUCUGAGGUGGAAGCACCCGAUUUACAUUUAAGUCUCCCUAAAUGGGAUAAAAAAAAAAAUACUUCAGGACAAAAAGUGCCAAAAAAAAAAUCAAUGGAUUACAAGGCAUAAAUUUCUUGUUUGCCGCAUCGUAAAGGGGAAAAUAAAAAUUAAAUAAAACCUUGUCGAGUCAAAUUGCGCUCUUGUGCUGGGUUUUGGACCCUGGUUUAGCUUUUUCUGCUGCACUUGGUUGGGAAAAGGGAGACUUCCGAGCUUGUUUAAAAAUGAGUGAAUAAAUAAGAGAGAAAUCAGAUGUUUGUAUAAGGUUAUAUUUUUCCAUUGCUCUGAAAGAACCCACAAUAAAAUGAUAUCAAACAUUCCCCUUA